AUGUGGCGUCAUCACUUUUUUCGCAAGUUGCGUAACAGAAGAAGAGGCAAAGGCGAUCGUCUGCAAACUCUUCCACGACAAGAAACAAUCCCUUCGCCUAAGCCACACGAAUACGUAGAUGCGCAACCUCCUUCACGGCAAGAAUCUAACUUGUAUACAAAUCUACACAACAGUUCGGGAUCACCACACUCCCAACCAAAUACACCUACAGGGACAUUUCCUGUUGAGGCAAUUUGUGGUUUUACAGCCACACAACCUGAUGAGUGUGGCUUUAUUGUGGGUGAUCUUCUUCAUGUGAUCGACACCUCCAGCGAACGGUGGCUGGCAACGAAUUUACGAACAAAGGAGGAAGGUCUCAUACCUGCGAAUUGUGUCACAUCUGAUGUGUCUUUGUCAAUUGCUCUUGAAGCCUGGUAUGAUAUUAAUCGUCUUGAAGUGGAAUGCAGACUUCUCCUGCCCUCAGUCCAAACUGGCACCUAUAUCCUCCGACCGUGUAAAGAUCCCAGGAGCCCAUAUUACCUAUCUGUCCGAGCCUGCGGAGUUGACAUUAAGCACUUUCAAGUAUAUUUUGAUGGCCAGGCAAAGAAAUACCAUAUUUCUGGAAAUGAACAAUUCCCUACUCUUAAGGAUUUAAUCAUGCACUACCACUCGCGUCCCAUCGACGGUAAGGUGGGUCUGAUUGAGCCUUGUCCACGUAAAGCAGAUUAUGUCAUUCAACACAAGGAUGUGAAGAUGGGGAAGGAAGUGGGAAAAGGCAACUUCGGUGUGGUCUACCUGAGUCAUAUACGUGGCAUGGAAGUGGCAGUGAAGAGGUGUUUCAACAUCACAAAUGACCAAGCCUUUCGCGAGGUGGUAGAAAUGAUGCAAAAACUUUCACAUCAAUGCAUCGUGCACUUCCAUGGCAUCUGCUGUGACGCUCCCGACGGCAGAGUGCUCAUCAUCACCGAGUUCAUGGUCAACGGUGCACUUCGAGACUUCCUUAAGACCCCUGAGGGACACCAACUCGACUACCCCAAACUCGUUUGCAUUAUUGUUCAGAUUGUGAAAGGCAUGGUGUACCUAGAGGAAGAGGGAGUGGUGCACGGAGAUCUACGAGGAGCGAACGUGCUGGUUGACAAGGAUGGCUUUGUGAAGCUCGCUGACUUCGGAUUGACCAAAAUUCUUGAUUUCAAUCUGGACUAUGAUAAUGAGGUUUUCCCUUACCGAUGGACGGCACCAGAGGCGAUGGAGGGCGGCUUCCAUCCGAAUGUUAAGUCCGAUGUCUGGUCCUUCGGUGUCCUUAUGUUCGAAGUGCUGACUUAUGGAGAGACGCCGUACAAGGACUGCACGCAUAUUCAGUUGCGUAAGUUCCUUUCGGAGGGUGGACGUCUGCCUUCGCCACAAUAUCAUGGCUGCGAGUGUGAGGCAAGAGUUUAUUGUAUUAUGAGAUCCUGCUGGGACUCAAAGCCGGAACAGCGACCAACAUUUAAGAAGCUCAAGUAUGAAAUUGAACAGUGCAUUCUUGACGGAGAGAAAGCCUUCGGCAUCUAA